UGCAUCUAUCCUCACUUGGUGGAUUUCGGAAGACAACAGUCGCCGAGUUUGUGGGGUUGACACAGACCAGCUGUUAUAUAAAUCCGCAACGGUUUUCUCACGGUCAAGGAACUCUCUGGCAUUAACACUGUCUAGUGUUGGUUUGACACAUUCAAAGAUUAUUUGUUGUUGCUGCUCUCAUAGUGACUGCGGCGUGAACCAACCAUCAUGACAUCUUCCGUGGAACACAUUGCGGAGCUUGCGAAAGCUUAUACAGCAGGUGUCCAUCCGGCUAUUGCGUUACCUGGCUUAUUUAUCUUGCUUGGGAUAUUUUACCUUGUCGGAACCAUCAUCUACAAUCUAUACCUCCAUCCUCUCGCUUCGUUUCCUGGUCCAAAGCUAUAUGCAGCAACUUCAAUACCGCUUGCCCGUAUAAUAUUGGGUGGAAAGCUUCCAAUGAAAGCCAAAAGGCUACAUGAAGAAUAUGGUGAGGCCGUUCGUCUCAGUCCUGACCAUGUAACCUUUACCAAUGCCGAGGCAUGGAAAGAGGUAUAUGGGAUCCGUCCUGGUCAACCACAACGACCUAAGGAUCAGCGCCAUGUCUCCGUCGGACCUAACAGUACACCAAGCAUCUUACGGACCGAUGACUAUAACCAUGGUCGCUAUCGACGCUCACUGUCCCAUGGAUUUUCUGAAGGCAGUUUUCAAAAACAAGAGGUUAUUGUCAAGGGAUAUAUUGAUCUUCUUAUCCAACGGUUGCGCGAACAGAUCAACGACAACGUCAGCAGAGAUGCUAAUGUUGAUAUGGUUCGUUGGUAUAACUUCACUACAUUCGACAUCAUUGGCGAUCUAGCAUUCGGCGAAUCAUUUGGCUGUUUGGAUACCUCUCAAUACCAUUUCUGGGUUGCGGUCAUCUUCAGCCACUUCCGCACGGCUGCGUGGGCGAAUGUCCUCCGAAGGGUUCCCGGUGGACAGAUUUUGAUGAAAUACGUUGUCCCCAAUAAGGUACAAGAAGAAAAGAAAGCUCAGAACGAACUCACCGAGGCCAAGGUUCGAGCGCGGGUUCAAAACAAAACCGAACGACCAGAUUUUCUGAGCAACGUACUCAAGUAUGAUGGUAGUGAGAAGGGUAUGACUAUUGAUGAACUCGUGUCGAAUUCUUAUGUUUUGAUUAUUGCUGGUUCGGAGACAACUGCGACCCUUUUGUCCGGGGUGACUUAUUAUAUCCUCACUGUGCCUGGUGUUCUUGAUAAACUCAAAGCAGAGAUCCGAGGUUCAUUCUCGUCUGAGGAAGAAAUUACUUGGUCGGCUGUCAACCAGCUCAAGUAUACGUUGGCAGUGCUCAACGAGGGCUUGCGGAUGUAUCCUCCUGUUCCGUUCGGUUUCCCUCGUAUGGUUGAAGGAAAGGGUGACUACAUUUGUGGGAAAUGGGUUCCGGGUGGUACAUCCGUUGGAGUCCCGAUGUUGGCAACGCAGCGGUCCGCAUCGAACUUCAAAGAACCCGACUCUUUCAUCCCAGAAAGGUUUCUCGGAGAGCCUGAGUUUGACUCGGACAAGCGACAUGCUUUUCAACCGUUCAGUCUUGGUCCACGGAAUUGUCUUGGCCGCAAUUUGGCGUACGCUGAAAUGCGGCUGAUCCUCGCGCGCAUGAUUUGGAACUUCGAUAUGGAACUGGCACCAGAGUCUCGUGGUUGGAUUGAUCAGUUGUCGUUUGUGGUUUGGGAGAAGCCGGAGCUCAUGGUGAAGUUGACGCCGGCACCGCAUACGAUCUAGAUGCCAGUAUCUGUCGAACAACUGGACAAUUGGGUUAGGCUCAGGUUGACCCAUGAAUGAUGAUGAGUCUAUGGCACAUUAGUUCCUGGGUGGUUAUGUAAAUGGCUUGCUCUUCAUUUUGAUGGCGGGAGAACACUAUAUCAAGCCAGGCCAGCAACAUGCAUACUAUCGAUUUUCUUUAUUGAACAAUGGAGCAGACAUU